ACAACAACAGGGCAGGGCAGGGACAGGUUAUUGCUCUCUCUCUCCCUCAUAAAGAGGAAGUGGGGAAGGUUUUUCUCGCAAAGCCUCCUCUUGGCAGCCUCCACCUGAUCUGGUGCAGAUAAAAGGCAACUCCGCAAGAUUUGCAAAGGCUUUCCCAAGGUUCACCCGCAGAGGUUUGUAGUAGCAGCAGGCGAUGGGCCUUUGAAAAGGAUUUGUGGCCAGGACGAAUCUGGAUUUGUGCAGUUUGUGGUGGGGGUAAUUUUUUUUACAGAGGGAUAAGAUUUUCACCCACACAAGCCAUUAAUCUGCUCUAACCUUCAACUGCCUGCCUUGACGCUAUGAGUUCCAAGCCUUCACCACCAUGGAGAGCCAGGAGCUGCCUUUACACCAGCCUGUGGGACUUCAAAGCCAUGACGGAGACAGAACUCAGCUUCCGGGCCGGAGAUCUCUUCCAAGUGAUCGAGAAGAAAGGAGAGUGGUGGUGGGCCAAGAAGCUGGAUCCCUCCCUGACGGGUUUCGAGGAAGGCUACGUGCCUUACAACUACUUGGCCAAGCAGGAGACCAUGGAGGCAGAGCCGUGGUUUUUUGGGCAGAUCUCCCGUUCUGAAACAGUCCAUCGGCUGAUGUCAGAAGAGAAUAAGGUCGGAGCCUUCCUAAUCCGCAUCAGCGAGAAAAGGGGGGCUGAGUAUGUUUUGUCAGUCCGAGAUGAGUCAGUGGUGAGGCACUACAAGAUCUUGCGCAACGGCCAGGGAGCUUACUACAUGAACGCCACCCGCUCCUUCCAAGAUCUGCUCUCCCUCGUCGAGUAUUACAAAGGGAAAGCGCUCACCCACGGGCUGAGGCUCUUGACCCCGUGCUACAAGCAAGAGCCCACGGCGAUGCCACACUGGGACGACUGGGAGAGGCCAAAGGAGGAGUUCUGCCUUACCCGGAAACUGGGCGCAGGUUACUUUGGAGAAGUCUAUGAAGGAUACUGGAAGGACAGAGUCAGAGUUGCGAUCAAAGUGCUUCCCAGAGCUGAUCUGACGUACCAGGACAUGUUCAAAAAUGAAGUUGAGGCGAUGAAGAAGCUGAGGCACAAGCACAUCCUCUCCCUCUAUGCCAUCUCGACUCGUGGGGACCCUGUGUACAUCAUCACGGAGAUCAUGAGCAAAGGGAACCUCCUAGAAUUCCUCCGAGGUUCCGAAGGGGAGCAGCUGCAGGUAGCUGAGCUGGUGGACAUGGCGUCACAGGUGGCAGAUGGCAUGUGCUACCUGGAGGCGCAGAAAUUCAUCCACCGAGACCUCGCUGCCAGGAACAUCCUGGUCGGAGAGAACAACAUCUGCAAAGUGGGAGAUUUUGGGAUGGCCAGGCUGAUCAAGGACAAUGUUUACGAAUCUUACUCCCACAACAUUCCCUACAAAUGGACGGCACCAGAAGCGCUUUCCCACGGCCGCUACUCUGUUAAAUCCGACGUUUGGUCCUUUGGAAUCCUCCUGUAUGAAAUCAUGACCCUUGGCCAGAACCCAUAUCCAGGUAUGACCAACAGUGAAGUUUUCAAGCACGUCCAGACCGGUUUCCGGAUGCAUUGCCCUCCCAAGUGCCCUGCUACAAUGUACAACAUCAUGUGCACAUGCUGGGACAUUAACCCAAAAGAGAGGCCAGACUUCAAGCAGCUCCGAGGGCAGCUCCAGAGUUUCACCAACUACGAGAAUCCCGAAUGAAAGGAUAAGAGACUGAAGAGCUGGAUCAGGCCAAACUCCUCUCGAGGGAGACCGGCAUCUUGUUCUCACAGUGGCCAACCAGAUGCCCAACGAAAGCCUGCAAUCAGGACCUGAGUGCGAUAGCUGUUCAAGCUGGUGCCCAUCACUACAUCUCAUGGGAACAGAGGAAGGGUGAGAUCUGGGGACAUGCCCAUUUAACUGUCGCUCAUGGCCACCACAGGUGGCGCUGUGGUCUAAACCACUGAGCCUCUUGGGCUUGCCGAUCGGAAGGUCGACGGGUCGAAUCUCUGCAACGGGGUGAGCUCCCGUUGCUCGGUCCCAGCUCCUGCCAACCUAGCAGUUCGAAAGCACGUCAGUGCAAGUAGAUAAAUAGGAACCGGUGCGGCGGGAAGGUAAACGGCGUUUCCAUGUGUUCUGGUUUCCAUCACGGUGUUCCAUUGCACCAGGAGCGGUUUAGUCAUGCUGGCCGCAUGACCCAGAAAACUGUCUGUGGACAAACGCUGGCUCCCUCGUCCUGGAAGCGAGAUGAGCGCUGCAACCACAUAGUCGCCUUUGACUGGACUCAACCGUCCAGGGGUCCUCUACCCCCCCUUCUUCUUUUUUACCAUGAAGCACCUCCAGGGAUGUUAAUCAGGCUAUAAAAGCUAUCAUGCACAAGAAAGGAGAAUCAGCUUGUGAUGCUUCUGGGUGUCCCGUUUGGAAGGAGUCGGGAAGGCAAAAGAUCAGAUAACCUCUUGAAGAUGAAGCCUUCAUUCGCAGGACAAACCUCGGCGGACUCUUAUGUUUUCUGAGGAUGCGGCUCAGAUCGGCAGUAUUCGAGUUCAAAUCUGAAGGGCUUGCCAAUUUGGGGGGGGGGCAGUGGGUGUAUUUGGAAUUUCAAAAAUGUGCAGUGGGCGCCAGGCACAAAAUGUGGAAUGUGACAGCACAAAAUUGUGUCCACAUCUGAAGGAAUGGGAAGCAGACAGGGCCGAAAAAUGGUACAGUCAUACCUCAUGUUGCGUCCGCUGUGGGUUGCGUUUUUCCCGGUUACGAACACGGCGGCUUCCGGGUUUUGCCGCAUGCGCAGAAGCGCUCUAUCGCACUUUCGCACAUGCACAAAAGUGGCACUCGGGUUGCGGACUUUUUGGGGUGCGAACGGCACCCUAGAACGGAUCGGGUCCGCAACCCGAGGUGCCACUGUACCAGCGUGUUUCCCCACCAGACCCCCCAACCUAUGGGGGGGGGGACCACACACAUCUACAUCAGCCACUGUGGAUUUUUAAGGGAGCAUACUGAGACCUUUUGCAGCGGUGGGCAAACUGGCACAUACGGGUGCUGCGCUGGCGACCCCUGCUCUGUGGCAGCAAACAUGAUGGUCUUCAAUUGAUGCUGAUGUGCUUGUUUGGGAGUGCAGCUGUUUAGAAUUCAGAAUUCAGAUCAAGUGACCAAACCUCAGGGGACUGUCAUUGGUAUUAUUAACUCAUUGCCACCUGAUUGCUGCAUUAAUCAGUUGUAUAUUAAAAGUGUGUUAAUGACAAAAGAAGUUUCUCUCUCUCUCUAAAUAUCACAUCUGAAAGUGGCCAAAGAAAAUGAAUACAGCGACGGCCUAAUUUAUCAUUGCAUCAACUUAUUGUAUUGCUGCAUGCUCCCCCCCCCAAAAAAAAACACACAAAAAUCUCUGAGUGGUGCAAGAUUCCAGGAGGUUCCAGGUGUCCUACCCAGGGGUCGUGUUUCCUUUUGGAAAUGAGACAUGGGACUCAGCUACAUUAGUCAAAAAACAGCAUUUUAAAUGCGUUAUAAACAUGCAGUACCAGGUGGUGCUGUAGGGCACAAAACUUUCCUAUGUGAUUUUAAUUACAGUAUUUUUCGUUUGUUAAAAUGAUUUAAUUUAUGAUUUAUUUAUAGUGUCCGUCCAUCCCCCUGAUCCCCGUGUGAAGAUCCACCCCCAGUGGAGACUGCGGUGUCUUUAUGAUAUAUGGUUUAUUUAACGCAUAUAUACAAUCUGUCAUGGAGGGGUUCACAGCAUUAACACCCCAAAGGGUCUUGUUUUUCCCCCAUAGCCACAGCUAUGAAUUUCUGCAGGGAAAUUCAAGGAAAUAAAGGCUCAGCAUUUGAGCUGAAUGCUUCCUGUUUCCCUAUGGGUGGGGGAGUGGGGAGUAUUGCAAUCACUGGAGUCAAAAGGCCUGUCAAAUGGGUUAACAGCAGUAGGCUGUGAUAUUUGUGUAUAGAGCCCAGGUGAGAUAAGAGGGAAUAAACAGUGUCCGGGAGUUAAAGGACAACACACCUAGUUCUACUCAACCCACUGGGUCUUAGUACUGUACUUCUGUCUCUUGCAAACACACACAGCGCUUCAUAUUAUCAAGCUGCUUUUGAAAUCGAGAGGGCUUUCAAAAGCAGGUUUUGAUAAGCCGAGUAAGGAUAGCGGCCGAUACAAUCAGUACAGUGGUACCUUGGUUCUCAAACUUACUUUUUUUUCAAAUAAUUUUUAUUCAAUUUUCCAAAUAAACCAACAACACAUACACACACAAAAAAACGCAAUUACAAAUCCUUUUAUCCCCUCCCCUUACUUCAAUUUUGUGGGCUUCCCUCUCUAGAAUCCCAGUAGAACUUCACUGCUUUGUGUCUCAAUCCUAGAGCCUCUGCUCACGCAAUACAAUGGUAACUUGGUUCUCAAACUUAAUCCAUUCCGGAAGUCCAUUCCAAAACCAAAGCGUUCCAAAACCAAGGCACGCUUUCCCAUAGAAAGUAAUGCAAAACGGAUUAAUCCGAUCCAGACUUUUAAAAACAACCCCUAAAACAGCAAUUUAACAUGAAUUUUACUAUCUAAAGAGACCAUUGAUCCAUGAAAUGAAAGCAAUAAGCAAUGUACUGCAGUCACACAACCACUCAAAUCAGUAGCUGAACUGGGUUCCACACAGUCACAAAAACAAAACGAAAGAGCCGCAAAAACAAAAACGCAAAAUAAAAAGCAAAAACAGACAGACCUCAGUGUAACAAUCAAAAGGGAAGUGUGGCACUCAAAUUGGAGGCGUAACACUCAAAAAACUGAGCACGUUCAGCUUCCGAAAAAAGUUCGCAAACCGGAACACUUACGUCCAGGUUUGCAGUUUUUGGGUUCUAUUUUGUUUGAGUAUCAAGGUGUUCGAGAACCAAGGCACCACUGUAUGCACUUAAAGGCAAGCGUACCUAAUUCACACCUUCAGAAACAAAAGGUGAACCGAAACACAGCCGCCGAUUGGGGACUUGCACUGCUCUGUAUUUUGCAGGGCGGUUUUUCCAGCCAACCAAUGCGUACAGAAAUGUGUAUAUCAGGGUAACAUGUGCAUAAGAAUGCAUACGUUCGUGAAAACAGCAUACGAAGAUGCAUUAUAAUAGGGAAAAUUGCUUUGCCAAAAUGUGCCCUGAACUGCAGAAAUGUGGAAAACUGAGGCUAAGAGUGAAAGAAUGAGAAACUGACAGAUUUGACCAUCCUUUGCCAGGAGGGUCUGAAGUUUUUUUUAAAAAAAUUCCACCUAAAAAUCCCCGCUGGGCACGUCCAGCAAUUUGGGCACACGUAAAAUAGCUCCGUUAAGGAUCAGACAUUUUGCACAGUCUAUCACAGGCUUCCUAUGCCAUUUCACAGUCUCUUCGUCUCAUUGUUGACAAUUCCCCCAUUCCUCUCCCCCUAUGCACACCAUAGCUGCCAAGUUAUCCCUUUUUUAAAGGGAUUUUCCCUUAUGCUGAAUAGGCUUCCUUGCGAGAAAAGGGAAAACUUGGCAGCUAUGAUGCACACGCCAACUUGCGUUUCCAAGUGUACAAUGGGUUCACAGAAGGUAACAUGCCCUGCGCCUGACGAUGUGGACUUUCACCUUCCAAAGCCCACGUCGUUGUUUGUUUUUUAUAAAGUGCCACAAGAAACUGCUGCCCUUCUGGAAUUUGAACUUUACUGUAAACGCCAUUCCUGUACAAGAGGGAGAGGACUUGAAGGGGAUGAGUGAUGCCUACGUAAAUAUUUGCGCCGCUCUUUAUCAGAAGCAACCAGGAAAUGGCUCACCGAGCAAAUUCCCCUGUAAGAAGCAGCGGGAAUAAACAGCAGAGUUCUAUUUUAAUAGGGUACAGCAGAUCUGAUACAGUGCCAGUGAAAAUCUGGAUACAGGCCUGCUUUGGGUUCCUUGACAUGUAGCCUGCCAUGGCAGUUAGCAACUGGAACACAGGAAACUGUCCUUUACUGAGUUAGGAACCUUCGCCAAUCUAGCUCAUGCUGUCUACACUGACUGUCAGCAGCUCUGCAGGCAGUGCCGGAUGUACAUAUAAGCUAAACAAGCUAUAGCUUAGGGCGCCACUCUCUUGGACCCCCCAAAGAAAAUUAAAGGGGAAAAGGCACCUGGGUGUACAUUUCCAAAAUAUAGGGUAAAAAACAAAUAAAAUAAAACCUACAUACAGCAACAGUGUUUUGUGUUGUGUAGGCUCCUAUGAUAUAAGUAAUGGGCCCCGCCUGCUAGCCUGCUCCCUAAAAUAUCCCUGGUUUGCUCAUUUCUAUAUAUAGGGUGCCUACAUUCUGUAUGGACUGGUUGCAUGGCAACAUGGGCAAAUGGCUUUAGAUACCUAUUAGGGCCAUAAAUUAGGGACCCAGGUGGCGCUGUGGGUUAAACCACAGAGUCUAGGGCAGGGGUCCCCAGACUUACUGCGCAGCGGGCCGGUGCCCGCCGUGCCGACCGCGCUGCGGGCCGGAGGGCGGGGGAGUGCGCGCCCGUGCGCAUGCGCACAC